AUGAGGGCCUUGACAACAUCCUCAUCACCGAAAGCGCUGACACAGUGGCGGGCUUCGCCCACGACUUGUCGGUGCGAGAAGCUCCAGAUGGAGCCGACCUUAGCCUCGAGUCCUCCGCUCUCGCCUCCGGCCGUGAACCAUGGGUCGCAGAGGAGCGUGGCGAAGAAUUUGGCGCUGAAGCUCAUCACCUCGUUCGGCGACGCGCAACCCAAGGACAGAUUCUUCUCGGGGAACGCCGAUGACGGCAAGAUGCCCAUCACCGUGGCUGCGACUCCGAUCCUCGAGAGCCUGCGUGUCGUGUACACCUAG